AGAGGCAUACCGUUGCUGAAAGUGUGUUCCUUGAUGCAGUAGCUACGCAGGAGGAGGGGGUGAAGCACGCAGUCGACUGAGGGAUCCCGCUCGUCCCAGCCGGUGUCACUGCCGUCUUUCCUUCUGGAGUGUGACUUUGUGCGAUAACCUCCUCCCGGUGCCGUCAUAACAUCCCCGCCGGGUCACCUUAACUCUCGCACCCCGAAGAUGGUACCCGCAGUCAUGUCCCUGCCCGUGCUGACACUGGCAGCCCUCAUCACGCUGCGCGCCGUCUCCUCGCAAAACGAGCCAUCAAUUGCUGCUUCUGAGCACACUUCUCUUCCUGUGGAAGGCCACAGUCCUCCUUUUACUCUUCAGUGCAACCUGACCAGCAGCGACAAUCCGCUCCUGGAGAGCUACUGGAUAAAAAAUGGGGAGGAGAUCCCAGAAACCCACAGCCCAAAUAGGAAUACCGAGUACAAGCUGAAAAAACCAAGAGGAGAUGAUGCCGGUGUUUAUAUGUGCGUCUUCACCUUUGAGAUGUCUCCUGCCGCCAACACCACCAUUGAAGUUAAAGCUGCUCCUGAGAUUACAGGCCACAAACGUAGUGAGAAUAGGAACGAGGGCCAGCGUGCUUUGCUCUACUGUAAAUCGGUGGGCUACCCUCAUCCCUCCUGGACCUGGCGCAAACUUGACAACGGCAUUUAUAGGGAAAUUGACAACUCAUCCGGACGCUUCUUCAUCAGCAGCAAAGACAAUUACACCGAGCUCAGCAUCGACAGCCUGGACAUUAACCUGGACCCAGGGGAGUACCAGUGUAAUGCCACCAACGUGAUUGGCAGCAGCGAUGAGAGCUCCAUGCUUAGAGUCCGCAGCCAUUUGGCACCCUUGUGGCCUCUUUUGGGGGUUUUGGCCGAGAUCAUCAUCCUGGUCGUCAUCAUCGUUGUUUAUGAGAAGCGCAAGACGCCUGAGGACUUACAAGACGAUGAUGACCCAGUUGGACCAGUGAAAACCAAUUCAACGAACAAUCACAAAGAUAAGAACCUGCGCCAGAGGAAUACAAAUUAAGCUGCCCGUCUGCAGGGUUACAUUAUGCUUACACACGCAUUGACCAGGUGAAGGUAAACAACAAUGGAGUCCAAAGCAGUCGGUAUAUAAUGGAGCUGCCAUUAAAAAGUGUGCUUGUGAGAGAAUUAAAAUGAAGCAUGCCUUAUGAUUUUAUUGUGUGAGUGUGAAAUGCUCUAAUCAAUAUGUGAUUGUUAACCUAACCAUUGUUACUGCAUGCAGUUGUUGACAUCUAUCGUUUGCUACUUUUACACUUGAAGCACUGCUAAAACUGGCAUGCAAGAUACUGAGCCUCUAUUUGAGACAGCAUUGUUUUGUCUUCUCCUCUCAGAGUGGCUUCAUGUAGAAUAAUCAGGGGUGCCCGUUAGGUCGAUCGCCAGCUACCAGUUGAUUAGAAAAAAUAGACCUUCAAAUGAUCAAUCGUCAAUAAGACGUCACUUUCGUCACUUGACUGACAUUCACAGCAUCCGAGGGUCUUGUGAGAUGACUGGCUGCUGCCAGAUCGUUAUUAAGAAAAAAUGACCGACAGGAAGGCGAGAAAUACUUUUUAUUUCAGCACUCUCUCGCCGUACCUGCCGUGAAAACUCUAAAGACCGGCUGCACAGUUCCUGUCUUCACAAGAAAAGCGCUGCUUCAUUCUCCCUGCGCUAACAAAAUAAGAGUCUCAUAAAGCUAGCAAGCUACGGAGUUUGCCCCCAAUGUAUUUCUUGUAAAGUGUAUAAAAAGGAGUAUGGAUGCUGGACAAAUAAGAAGGCAAGAAGCAACCACUUUCAUGUGGUAUUGAACAGAAAGGAGGACUUUUUUUCUCCUCCAUUUGAAAAUGCGGAGGUUAUCAUCACUACUGUCUGAUUCCAAUCAAUGCAAGUCAUCACAAUCAGGUAAUACACCAACUUAUAUUCUCGUCUCCAUGAAAGAAACAUGCUUGUGUUACCAUUAAACACCUUUAACUUGUUAACAAACACCUCUCUUUCAUAAAUAAAUCAAUAUCAAAUGGAGAAGUAGCUGGUGUGGGCACCCCUGAUGUAGAUCAUCUUUUUUGUAAGUUUUCAGGAAAUGAAACAUCUCUGCAGUGUAGGAAACGGCGCGAUGGUCAGAUGAGGCAGUUUUGUACGAUUUUAUUACUCUCCUACAUAUCAUGACUUAAGAAUCAUCAUUAAUAUUACAUUUCAAGGGCUUUGCAAUGUCCCUCUAAACUUAAUAAGGUUCAAUUGAUGUACUGUAUGUAUUAAAUCAUGAUAGCUAUGUAUUGAUAUAAAUAGUAUAAUGCACUUAAAUGUUGACUAAUUGUAUAAAGUAUGACAUAUGCUCCAAUCAUUGGAAGGUUGAGUUGUAAUUACACUAUGUAUGUACAGCAUGGCUCUUAUCCUAUGCAACUAAUAUCAAUAAGCAGCUUUUCAUCUUUCUGUGACAGCUUUAAGGAAUAUUAGAUGUUACAUCACACAGCUGCAUGGUUUCUGUACAGUGGAAGUGGAAGGGACUUGAACAGCCUGUGACACAAAACCACCACCCAUUUUUACCAAUAAACAUUUCAAAA